UUUCAACUGGACCAAGAAAACAACUAAGCGUAGCUACCUCGAACACAGGAAAACUGCAACCAAGAAGAGAAAAAAAACACACAUCAACAAACUCGUUAUGAUGCAGAUUUAACAACUUUUUACGGACUUCUAACAAUAGUUCACUACUUUUAAGCGACGUAUUUUCAGAUCGACUUCGUAUUGGUGAUGCCCGCUGGUAUGUUUAGCAUCGACAGUAUCUUGGCUGCGAGACCCAGCUGUAAGGACUCCGUGCUGCUUCAUCGGAAUGCCCCGGUUGUGUUCUCGAAUUUGACGGAUUCUCUCUACACUGCCACCGAGUAUAAUGGACUCUAUUCGCACACAACUGGACCGUCUCCCCCCGGUAUUCAGUCGGUUAACGGAACCAGAUUAGGAUAUAAUAAUUAUUACUAUGGACAACUGCAUGUGCAGGGCCCCGCUGGCCCUGCGUGCUGUGGUUCCAUCCCAACCCUCGGUUCGCAGCAGUGCCCUUGUAUUCCGACAGGCUACGACAGCUCUGGCUCGGUGCUCUUAUCCCCCGUCCCGCAUCAGAUGAUGUCUUAUAUGAACGUUGGUACCUUAUCGCGGACGGAGCUUCAGUUACUGAACCAGCUUCACUGCCGACGCAAGAGGAGGCACCGCACCAUCUUUACCGAUGAGCAGCUCGAAGCCCUUGAGAACCUCUUUCAGGAGACCAAAUACCCUGACGUUGGCACACGGGAGCAGCUCGCACGGAAAGUACACCUGCGAGAGGAGAAGGUUGAGGUGUGGUUCAAAAACAGACGCGCUAAAUGGAGGAGACAGAAAAGGUCAUCUUCGGAAGAGUCUGAAAAUUCACAGAAAUGGAACAAAACAACGAAAACACCCACAGAGAAAACUGAGGAAAUCAAAAGUGAUGUCGAUUCAGACAGCUGAAAAAAAACCAUUGCAUUUAAGUGGAUGCGCAAAUCUUGCACAUGCCUUUAUUAUAGACGAUUUGGACUUGUACAUAGUGUAAAUGUCAUGUGAAUUGAUGACAUGUGUAAUGAAAUGUGUUGCCAUUAUGUUGCACAAUUGUAAAGUAAAAAUUACUGUUAUUAUUGCUAUAUGUGUAGACUAUUUAUAAUUAAUUUAAGUGUUAAUGUUGCGCACACGGUAAUAAUGACAUGGAACCUAAUGGAGUUAAUGGCGUACCUGAAUAUAAUCUGACAUCUCAUAUGGAUAUUACAUGUUACAAAUCUGAUAGCCUAUUGUUGUCAUACUUGUGUGGUAGAACUUCUUUAACAAACGUUGAAAGCUGAAAGAUGUUUAAAUUAAUAACAGUCAUUUUAAAAGCCAUUUAAUUGAACAAUAUGAAUGGGCGACGUUUUAAUUUGAGCCUAAUUGAGAUAAAUAAACCUCGCAGUAGGUUGCAACGUGGAAUUGAUUGAAAACUUGUGUUUUAUACAACCAAUGAUAAAAUAAUAAUGAAUAUACAUUAAAUCAUAUCUUAAACAUCGAAAUGGUUUGUCAAUUGUUUUUAAUCAUAGCCAUAUCGGAGCUUUAAUAAAACGUGUAGGCUCUGUUGUAUUUAAGAAAAAAACUAAGCCUCAUUAAAAUCAAUUCAUUGUACAUUGCACUUGUCAUAGACCUUAGACCUCGAUAAUAUACCUAUCUAUCUUUGGUUUUCGGUUCCGAUAGGUUAAAAGCAUUAUAGUAGCACAUAGGCAAUUUCUUAUCUCUGAACUUUAUCAAUAAUAGGGCUACGGUUUUAUACAGUUACAAUCCAAUCCAAUACUAAUAGGUAUAGGCUACAACAGCCUUUAUAUUUUAGUACAUACAAUCCAUAGAACUCAGAUGUAUUUUUUCUGAAAAUUCUGCUUAGUAUUUAACAAACUUAUCAUUAGGCUACGUUGAAUUGGAAACGUCUGCCAGGUUAGCGAAACAUGUUGUUUAAAUAUUGCGUUUUAUACGUUUGCAUUUCAACCCAUUCCACAAUUCAACGUAUUUGUAUCAACAUUUCAGUUUGAAAACCCUAGUUUGACUGCUAACUACAGCCUACUACGGUACGUCGAAUACUAGAACAUUUCACCUCUACUUCAUAUUGUGUGCAAUGCUGGGUUGAAACAAAUUAGAAGAAACAAAAUGCAAUUAUUUGAGAUGGCAGUUAUAUAGAUUGUAAUGAAAAAAAAAAAACAUAAUUUAAAUGACUUGAAGUUAGGUGCACAUUUGUAUUCACAAUACUAAUCAGUGCAUGUGGAGCACUUCAAGACUAAUUGAACCUUAUUGGACAUUGUGUCUAACAUGCCGGUUUGGUAAAAAUAAACCUAAAUGAAAAAGAAACCUAAGUAUAGAAGGAUUUGAUGGGGUGAAAGAUGUUGAAUAUGAUGGCAUUUGUACUCAAAUAAAAUGUAUAAAUUGUGAGUAUGUUGGUGUGUCCAUCACCUUGACAGUACUUUCACCAUGCUGUAGAAGCAGUUUUUUGCAGAACUGUAAGUGGAAGUCAUAAUUUUGUCCAAUCUAAUGCAUGAAAGGGUGGCCCUGUGUUGAGAAGAGGAGGGUUUGCAGGU